AUGCCUGACGACCUCGACUCGAUAGUCAAGGGCACCGCCGCCCCGCCCGCCGAGAAGGCUGCCGAGAAGGUCGCCAGCACCUCCGGCGUUACCCCCUCGAGUGGCAAGCCCGGCGACCCUCUCAGCCAUGCGCCGUCCUCUCCGUCCAUGAUCUACCUCAACCUUCUCAUCCUCGAGGCCUCGCUGCGAGCACAGUACCUCGAGCUGCGCGCGCGCAGGCGACACCAUACCUUCUUUCUCUCCAUACUCAGCGUGUGGACCGUUGGCUUCGGCUAUGCCUUGUUCUUCGCCCCAAGAGAGGACGGAAGAGGAGUCGGUGGCUCUGUCUACUGGGGCGUUGAGAUGAUCGAGAAACUGUGCUUUAUGGGAGGCGUUAUCACUGCUGCCCUCGUCUGGGCCACGGGCAUAUGGGAGCGUGGGGUCAGGUGGCCCAGGAGGUGGUUUGCCAUCACCAAUCGGGGCAUCAGGGCUUUCAAUCUCAAGCUCGUGCUUGUCAAGAGGUCAUGGUACGCCGAGGCGCUGUCCACGCUGGGGUGGUUCCUGACCUACGGUCUGUUCUCCCACACCGCUGGGUCAUCGUACCAGUUCGUCGAUCCCACAAUACUUCGAGAGGUGGACAAGGAGCUGGACCUCGCGGGCAAAGGGCACCCGAUCCUCCCAUCCGUGACCAGUGACGAGGAGAAAGCUGGGCGGGAGGAAGAUCUGGCCCCUGGAGGAGACUACGUGAAGCUCCUGCUACUAGCCAAACCCUUCUCGCCUACCUUUCGCGAGAACUGGGAGCUGUACAGGACCGAAUACUGGGACCGGGAAAACGAGCGGAGGGCACUAUUCCGUGCCAAGCUGCAGGAGAGAGACCGCCGUCUGCGGAAGGAGCAGUUUGGCUGGCUGUGGUGGGCACCAUGGGCGAAGCCAGCCACUAUCGUCGAGAAACCGCACCUCGCGCACCUCGAAAAGGCACAUCACCGCAGGCUCUCCGUGGUCGAACGGGAAGGAAAGCGGUCACGUAGCGGAAGCGUUCGCCGGGGCAGCAUGUCUGGUCAUUCCAGCAGGAGCCCGACACCAACGUUGGAGGUCAAGGAGGGAAAUGCCAGCAGGAGAUCCUCUGAUGCCUCGCAGAAGAGGAAGAAGGCCCUGUCGUCACCAGGAUCCAAAUCGGGGAAGAGGCCGGGAGUGGAGUCUCGAUCUGUCACGCCUGAAUUCUUAUCACCACUGGCUCGAGAAAGUAGUGUUAGCGGGAUGACGCCGACAGAGUCGGGCACGGGGAGUGAUCGACGGGCGAAGUCACAAUCGGAUCCUGCCUAG